GUCUUUCUUUCACUCAUUUACAAAACUCUUUAGAAAUAUUAAAAAAGGGAUAUUAAGUCACAUCCCCACAUCCUGGAGCACUCAUAAUUAAGUAAUCACAGAAUAAAGGUUAAGGUUUUCCUACCUUAAAGAUCAGGGGUGAAUACUAUAUUAAUCAAAGAAGUCGGUAAAUAUGACUCAGAAUAUCAGUAGAUAUCAUUUUGGCGUUUGAAGCUCUAUGCACUGAGCUUAUGCUUCAGGAUGAACGAGAAACUAAGAUAUGCGUACAUUCUGAUAAUCAAUUUUUAAUAUAGAAGUAUACAAUAGCGGUUAAUCAAAGAUAUAAUUAUCCCAUUAAGUUCAAAUGCUUUUUCGUGUCACUUAAAACAUGGUUAAGUAAUAACAAGCUUAUAUCGAAAGGCUAAAACGAAAACGCAAUAUUUUUAUCUUAAUGUAAACUACAACAACAGAGAGAAGUACUUGCAAAUCUACAUGGUGAGCUCCGAAGUUUGUUUUUAUCGUGAUUACGAAAAGAAAAGUGACGCCAUAUUUGAGUUUGAUAUUGCUAAAACUAAUACUGUUUUGGGAGAAAAAAAGGGGGGUAAUGUAGAGCAAAACAACUUUGUCAACAUACAUAAAUCUAAUCAUAGGGUAAUAUUAGUCACUUGCUUAGGAAUCCUCAAGAUGGAACACAAUCAAUUGUCCAGUUCACUCUAGUCCUCAAUGAAUAAUCAGUCCAGAAAAGGAAGAUAAUACAAAUCCGAAUAAUUACGUUACAAGGCUCUUCACCUCUUUUUACUUGUGACUUCAUUUCGAAUUGAAUCCAAAGGAACUCAAUCUUUAUACCAAUUUUUUUACGACUAAUAACAAUUAAUGUAAAAUAUAACCUCAAGUGUAGUUUUUUCAAAAUUGCUUAAUUGGUGAUUACUUCAAUUAAUGUCCAUUUUUAAUGCUAGUUUGUAAAGUAAUCCGUGGAAUCAUUUCUGAGCGAAUUAUGUAUCCAAACAUUGGCAAAUUAAUUUUAGAAUUCAUGUAUUCAGAUUGUAUUCAAGACGAAUUAAUGAAAUACCUGUAAUUUGUUUCAAGCAACUAGCUUGACUGCUGAUUUCUCUAUGGGUUACAUGAAUGUAUCAUAACUACAAUUAAAUGUGGUAAGACGGGGAUAGUUUAUACUUAAUCUGUAUGUAUAGUACAAGCAUACAUAAUAAAAAAAAACAAAAAAAAUGUUAUUGAUUGGAUAAGUAAGUGAAUUAGUAAAUAAAUUUUUACAAUGUCUCUGUUUUUUCAGUAAACAGUUCAGCAUCAAAUUUCUCGGUAUAUUUUAAAGUUUAAACCACAAGAGAUAACAUUCUUUUAAAAUUAAAAUUGAAGUAAGAUGAAAUUGAUAACACACCUAGAAGAAUCAGAAAAUCAAUAUUUAAAAAUCAUUUACUUCUUUAAUUAAUUACACUGUAUGUAAUUCACGCUACGACUUGUAAUUCCAGACGAAUAUAUUCUCAAGUUUUGUUUAUAUCAAACUUUGUUUAUUUGGUUGAAAAAACAAAUUUUAAUAAAACUAGGAGUAACUCAAAUAUUUUCAACAACUCUCUUAUAUACUACCAAUCAUAUAUGAUUGUAUAAAUUGAGUCGUGUUUAACAGAUUAUUCUUAAAACAAUAUUUUUCAACAUGUCAACCUACCGUGCAAUACUACUGUUAGUGAAUGUGUAUUGGGAUAAAUUUUUGUUUUCCGAUCAAGUAGACGAAUUGAAAUCGUUAGUUAUCUUGACAGGAUUAAUUAAAUGUAUCUCAUUAAAAGAAAGUUUUGGAUAAAAGAACUGAGAACCGGUUUGAAUAUUUGAUAAUAGUGAUUACUGAAUUAGAAAGGUAGUCAAAUGUUUAAUACAAAUUAUCAUAAGUUUUUUCUUAACACAUGGUAUGUUAAUUUAAAAAAUAAUCAAUAAAUCAUCAUGAUAAAAUAAUGAUUACGGCAUGUAUAAAUCACGCGAACCGUGAAGGAUCGUUAAAUUAAGCCACUGUUACGCCAUCUCAAAGAAGUAAUAAUUUCUCAGAUAGAGGCGAUUGAUAUUUAUGAUUGGGUUAUUUUGUAAAUAGUAAUUCUUAAUACAAACGGUUUCGUUAAUAAAACGUCAGAUUUCAAUAGGGUUAUUUUGCUAAUCCAUUGAAAGCGUUAAUUGUUUUUACCUGUACAUUCUUUGUAGUUCAGCCGUUUAUAAUUAUGAUAAUAAAUAUUUGUGUGUUUAAACAGUUAUGUAAAUGGGUUAUUGGGCUUGAGAAGUGAGCGUUAGGUUUUUUUCACGUUAUUUCAGUAGCAAAUAUUUUCUAAGUUUUCAGUCUAGCAAACUGUUUACUUGAAUUAGUAAAUGUCAUAUGUCAAUGACAUUGCAAACGUUAUUUAUUUAUAAGGUAUGGAAUGAUAAUUGAAAAUCAUCGACUAUCUUUGUAAAACAUAAUAGAGGAACAAUAAAAAAACUGUAUGUACAUUUUCGUCAUGCGUGAAUACUCUUCUUAAUAAUAUGAAACCUGAAAUAUCUAUACAUUAUGAAUAUAACCAUUUUUGACAAGCAUUUGAAAUACUGGUUGUAUCAAGUGUCAAUGAACAAGCCUACGUAGUCUGACGAAAUAAAUUUCUAUCUCAAUUAUACAUAUUAAUAAUAAAUAAGAUCAAUUGUAUCAAUUCACAUUUAGGUAAUAAGGAUGUUUAAUUUCAAAAUAUAAAAAGUAAAUUGGUGACUUUGUUACAAUGAUUAAAGGUAAUAUACAAAUUUAAAAAUAAAUAAGGUGAUAUGAUGAGUAUUUAUAAAUAAUAAUUAAGGUCAAGGAAACGAUCAAACGUAGUUCAUACGUACGCAUAGUUCUGGCUCUUUAAAUAUAAAACAAGAAUAUAAAAUUCUUAUUUUUCUAUUCAUGAAACGGAUGAUAUUCUCAAAUAAGAACUUUCGUCUAAAUUUGAACGAGUAGUUUCACAAUAUUUGGGCGCCGAGUUCAUUUGAGACAUUAAAAAGAAGAAUAUAUUUGUAAAAUCUCAGCGAAUGAAUUUGAAGUAAAUCCAACGUUUCGCCUGGCAAUCUGGUCCAAGCUUUUUCAAGGAAAAUAUAAUCAAACAACCAAAUUAUCGAAUAUAAAUAGGUACAUGGUUUUUUUGGUUUACUGCAUACUGAAUAAGUCAUCCAAUCAACGUGAAGGAUUUUUUAUAAAUAGGUAUUUGUAUUAAUGUGUAAGAGACAUGUUUAUAUGAAAAAUAAUAAAGGACAAACAAAUAAAAGUUCAUUUGAAAAUAACCAAGGAGAGAGAAAGAAUAAGAAAAAUUGUCGUGUUAUUCUAGGCCAUAGAAUGGCUUAAGGAUUACAAGGUAAAUUCAAGGUUAAGACAAACUUGUCAUUGUACACAUAAGGACAAGGUAUGAAAAAAUCAUGAAGAGCAAAUGUAGAGCCACUUUAAAUAAGUUGAAAGCUGAAACGGCCAAAUUGCUACAGAAUUUAAAGCCCAAACUAGGAUCAUCUUUAUGGUUCUCUUUAUAUCCAAAAAGCAAUAACCCGUGUAGAUUUUAUGGCCUACCAAAAAUACACAAAACAGAUGUGCCACUACGACCUGUGAUUGAUUACAUUAAUUCACCAACUUAUAAUCUUUCUAGAUACUUGGCCAAAAUUCUUAAACCAUAUGAAAGCGUAAUAAAAUAUGGAAUAAAAAAUUCUAAUGAUUUCAAAAACAUGGUCAGUAAUAUUCGGAUAGAAGAGGAUGAAAUAAUGGCAAGUUUUGAUGUUUGCUCAUUGUUCACUAAUGUUACUGUUAAAAAAGCUUUAGAUAAUGUGUAUAACCUGUUACAUUCUGACACUGAUCUUAAACAGCGUUGCCUUCUAGACCCCUCAGACAUUAUUUGAGUGUUGGAGCUUUGCUUAAAUUCAACGGUUUUCAUUUUUCGAGGAGUUCUGUACAGACAAACAGGUGUGGCUAUGGGAUCACCUGUCUCUCCAAUUGUGGCUAAUUUAUUCAUGCAUUCAUUGGAAACAAUUGCUAUCUCAAUCUGUUCCAUUCCACCAAAAAUUUGGGUAAGAUAUGUGGAUGAUACCUUUGUCAUUAUAAAACGAGAUGGUUUAGACGAACUAUUCCAACGGUUCAACAGCUUAGAUGACAAAAUGAAGUUUACUAAAGAGUUGGAAUCGCCUGGACGCAGAUUACCUUUUCUAGAUUGCCUGGUUGAAAGGAAGGAUAAUGAUUGUUUAAAAAUUAAUAUAUUCCGAAAGCCUACAUAUUCAGGGAAAUUUUUAGAUUUUAAGUCUGCGCAUCCAUGCUCGACCAAAGUGACAGUGGCCAAAAAUUUGAUCACCAGAGUCAAAAAACUUGUCGCUGAACCGAAUGAUAUAAAAAUGGAAAUGAAUUUAGUUGUAUCCACUCUAUUAAUGAAUAAUUAUACGAAAGGUUUUAUUAAAAGAAUAAUUAAGAAUGAAGAACGGAAUGAUAUUUUUAAAAAAGAGUUAAGCAAGAUUGGAUGAACACAGUAGUGAUCCCAUAUCGUAAAGGUAUCUCAGAAGACAUCAGAAGGAUUUUAACUCGUCAAAAUACAAGAGUAUUCUUUCGAACAAACAAUACUCUAAGAUCAAAACUAGUAAGAAUCAAAGAUCCAAUACACAAAGAUGAUCAACAGAAUUGUGUUUAUGAAAUCAAAUGUAAUGACUGUAAUGCAACGUAUGUAGGUGAAACAUCUAGGCAACUGAAUGUGAGGGUGAAGGAACACAAACUGUGCUUAAAGCACAUCCCUAAAUCCUCAAUUGAUGUAAAAAAGCUUGAGAACAGAUCAGCGAUAGCAUUACACUCGAUUGAAUCGGGUCAUACAGUCGAUUUCAAUGGCACGAGAAUCAUUCAAAAAGGAUUCAAUUUUUAAAAAGAACGACUAACAGCCGAAGCCAUACAGAUAUGGGCUAAUUCAAACAAUAUUAAUAGGAGAGAUGGAAUACAACUAACUGUCCCAUGGCAACUAAUAAUUAAUAAGUAAACCUGAUCUCCUUUUUGCAAUUUGAUAUAUCUAUGCCAUAGUAACUAAUUGAUAGAUAUUACGUUCAAUGAUUCAAAUCCGUUAUCUUAUCUGAAUAUGUUAAACAAUUGACUGGAACAUUAAAAUAACACACACCUUCAAUUACAUAUACAUUCCUCUUUUAUUUUGUUUACUUAUCUUAUUUAUCUUCAUCUAAUGCAGGCUGUGGCAUUUUUGAUUCAUUUGAUAUAUAAAAAUGAUCUGUUUUCUUAAUUUACACAGACCGAAGUCAAUAUUUAGUUGAAUGAAAGUUCUUCUCACAUCACUUGCGUAUAAACACAUUCUGUUGUCUUAACACGUUUUUGGUUCCAUAAUCACAUACCUUGUCCUUAUGUGUACAAUGACAAGUUUGUCUUAACCUUGAAUUUACCUUGUAAUCCUUAAGCCAUUCUAUGGCCUAGAAUAACACGACAAUUUUUCUUAUUCUUUCUCUCUCCUUGGUUAUUUUCAAAUGAACUUUUAUUUGUUUGUCCUUUAUUAUUUUUCAUAUAAACAUGUCUCUUACACAUUAAUACAAAUACCUAUUUAUAAAAAAUCCUUCACGUUGAUUGGAUGACUUAUUCAGUAUGCAGUAAACCAAAAAAACCAUGUACCUAUUUAUAUUCGAUAAUUUGGUUGUUUGAUUAUAUUUUCCUUGAAAAAGCUUGGACCAGAUUGCCAGGCGAAACGUUGGAUUUACUUCAAAUUCAUUCGCUGAGAUUUUACAAAUAUAUUCUUCUUUUUUGGAUGAUAUUCUCAUUUCUUUUUACACCUAUAUAACCUUCAAUCACAUUAAUCAUUUUA